GGUGAUUACUGUGCUCGCGCUCGCUCUGACUCCGCCGCGUGCACGCUCGGGUCGGUCGAUACGAGCAGACUGGCGUGGCUCUCGGCCUCCAUUUGCCAGUUUGUGUUUAUGUUCGAGGGAUUCGUCGAGGAUAUUCCCUCGGCGACAGCGACGUGCAACAGUUGGGACUUUCAGCGUGGACGCUGUGUCCGUGUCGGCCCGAGCUCCACGAGGGUUUUCCACGGAUGGUGAAAGGUAUCCAAUGAGGUGGCAGGACGGGAGCUGUUGGUGAUGCCGGCUACAGACCCUGAGAUCUCGUCCAUGGAGGACCCACAUACAGUGGAGGACGAGAAGGGGAGCCUGACAGAUGUCCCCUCGUCAGCUCCUCCUAUGAACACUCCUGUGUCUUCAUCUCCUCUUCGUUCCACUGUGUCUAAUUUCUCUGAUGAGGCGGCGGUUGAGAACAGAGCAGUCUCCAUCGCAAGUAAUGACUGCACCUCUGAUCUCCCUUCACCUGCUGAAGCUAGCCCAGCCAACCCUGCUGUGACACCACACAAGAAGGGGACCCUCACGGACGUCCCCUCGUCAGCUCCUCCUAUGAACACUCCUCUCUCUUCAUCUCCUCUUCGCUCCACUGUGUCUAAUUUCACUGAUGAGGCGGUGGUUGAGAACAGAGCAGUCUCCAUCGCAAGUAAUGACUGCACCUCUGAUCUCCCUUCACCUGCUGAAGCUAGCCCAGCCAACCCUGCUGUGACACCACACAAGAAGGGGACCCUCACGGACGUCCCCUCGUCAGCUCCUCCUAUGACCACUCCUCUCUCUUCAUCUCCUCUUCGCUCCACUGUGUCUAAUUUCACUGAUGAGGCGGUGGUUGAGAACAGAGCAGUCUCCAUCGCAAGUAAUGACUGCACCUCUGAUCUCCCUUCACCUGCUGAAGCUAGCCCAGCCAACCCUGCUGUGACACCACACAAAAAGGGGACCCUCACAGACGUCCCCUCCUCAGCUCCUCCUAUGAACACUCCUCUCUCUUCAUCUCCUCUUUGCUCCACUGUGACUAAUUUCACUGACGAGGCGGUGGUUGAGAAUAGAGCGGUCUCCAUCGCAAGUAAUGACUGCGCCUCUGCUCUCUCCUCACCUGCUAAAGCUAGCCCAGCCAACACUGCUGUAACACAACCCAGUACUUUUGAAGGAACUGUGGAAACAAGCCCAGAUACCUCACACCUAGCAUCAGCGUCAGACUCUUUAAAAGGCCCAGGGACGGGUCUAGUCACAAUCAUGGUUCCGCCACCGCUGUUGACUGCGAUGCCAUUCAACACAUUUGGCAGUGCAAACAAAAUGGAAAAGGAAAAUGAUUUUCCCGCUUCACUAACCUUGAACGGUGUCACUGUCACUCUGGAGAAUAACAGUGUGUGGAAGCAAUUCCACAGCUGCGGAACUGAGAUGAUUCUCACUAAACAGGGCCGUCGCAUGUUCCCUUACUGCCGAUACCGCCUGUCUGGCUUAGAGCCGGAGUGCUACUACAAACUGGUCCUAUCCAUAGUUCCAUUUGACCAGUUCAAAUACCGCUGGAACAGAUUCCAGUGGGAGGUCUGUGCUGUAGCUGACAUUCAGACACAGGGUCAGAUCCGGGCCUUCUCUCACCAACACUCGCCCUGCAAAGGCUCAGAGUGGUUAAGUGGCUGGGUGUCUUUCUAUAAACUCAAACUGACCAAUAAUUACCUAGACAGAGAUGAUCAUAUAAUCCUACAAUCGAUGCAACGCUACAUUCCAAGGCUCCAUGUUAUACCAGUCCCAGAUGGGGUCGUAACUAUGCCAGAGGCGCCUGUGGUCAUGGGACCUGAGAGCAUGACUUUUAUUUUUCCACAAACCGAAUUCAUGGCCGUGACCACUUACCAGAACUUUCGAAUCACACAGCUGAAAAUCAACCACAACCCAUUUGCAAAGGGUUUCAGGGAGGAUUUACGGCUAAACAGGGUCAUUGGAGAGUCCCAGCCUUUGGUGAAGAUCGACAUGUUGUCUUCCGUUUCACAACAACACGAAAGUAAAGAGGGGAUCGUUGAUCUGAGCUCAAAGAACCACACCAUCCCUGCUCCUGCCUCAAAUGUACAGGUGACCAGGCUGGUCCUAAAGCCUAUAAUGUCCACACAUUCCAGUAAAGACGAGCGCUACGUCCCCUGUAUUAGAGGGAAACACGCCCUCGGUGAGCUUGUGCUUGUGGAGAAACAUCCACUUGGUGAAUCUGUGGAAGAAAGCCUCAACGUCAGUGUGACCCUUCAGUUGCAGCAAGGUUUGGAACUCAUGCCUAAAGCAACAUCGGUGACUCCCACUACCUCAAAGUCAUCCCCGGGGUCUUCACCCGCGAACCGCAAGGGAAGGAAAAAGAUCAACAGACGGGGAAAGAAUUGUGGAACUGCUGUUUCUCCCAAACAGAUUUCCACCUCAUCACCGACCGUCUCUUCCCAACCAGAGCUGGAUCACGUCGAGGGCCUCCUCUUUGCAUCGUUCCCCUCAAAGGAAGCUCUUGAGGUUCACACGGGCAACAAACCAGCCAAUAGCCCAGCAUCGGCAUCCCCAGUUUCCCCGGCAACUUCGCAGCAGGCAAAGGAAUCAGUGGAGUUGGUCCCAGAGACUGAUGAGGAGAAGAUAUCCCAUAUGGAGGCUGUCCUGUUGCAGGACCUCAGGGCUCUCAAGCACAGGCAGGUCAUCCAUCCUGUGCUGCAGGAAGUGGGGUUGAAGUUGAGCUCCCUGAACACUGGCAUGUCCGUCGACCUGCAGUAUCUGGGAGUCGAUCUGCAACUCAAUCCGACAAACCUUCCAGAAGAAGUCAAUUCCACGACUCCACCACUUGCCGAUCAUGGAUUACCCUUCAUCUCCAGGACAGGAAAGACGAGCGACGUGACAAAAAUAAAAGGAUGGAAAAACAAGUUCAUACAAAGCAAAGAAAUAUCUCCUAAAUGUAAUGGAUUACAAAAGAACCUAUCUGCCUUCUGCAGCGACAUGUUGGACGAGUACUUGGAAAGCGAGGCUCAGCAAAUCAGUGAACGGGCGGAGGCCUUCUCCACGAACGCAGAGGGAUCUGUGGCCUAUCAGCUACCUGCUAAAGGCUCCAGCUACGUUAAGACCCUGGACAGUGUGCUCAAGCAUCGGAGCGCUGCUUCCAACAGUCCCUGCCCCACCUCCCAAAAACCUCUCCUCUGCUCUGCACUGACAUCACAGGCUCCUACCUCGCACACCAGCCUCUUAACACCUGUUAAAGCUGAAGCUCAGGCCGUACAUGAGUCAGUGUCUGGAUCUGGUCACUCCACUGCUGUUUCACAGAGAUCACCCACAUACCAGCCUUUGGUCAGCCAGAGACCAGCGCUGAAUCCCAAACCCCCAGACCCCCCUAGGGUCCAGCUCAAAAUGAUGAAUAUGGAGAGAGAAGCCCUGAGCCAGGGUCUGAGGAGGACGCAGCUGACUCCCGGCAGGCUAACAGUGGCUCUGUCUGUAAUCCUGAGCAAAGAUAUGGUGUAUCGUCAGGCUACAAAAUUACCACUUAAAUUAAAGCCCAAUGCACUGGGACCUAAAUGUGGUCAGGAGUUCUGCAGACUGGGCUGUGUGUGCUCCAGUCUUCAGCUUAUCUCUAAGGGUCCACCACACUGCCGUCAGCCAGAAUGUAUGUUUGGCUGUGACUGCUUCAAGCGCAAGAUCUCCGAGCAACUCUCUGCAGAGGAGAGCAACCAAUCCAUCCUGUCUGUUUUCUCUAUGAUUAAUCGGGCACAUGCAGCCCAUCCUCACCAAAGCUCCCACACUAAACAACUGUGGAAACGCAACAUUAACGAUGUGGAUGCGGAACCGCUCUUCAUCCCCAAAGAGCCGCAAUGCUUGGUUCCAGAAAAGGCCCAAAAACGAAGAAGUGCAAACCAUCCUUCACAGCUGAUACAAGAAGAGGACAAAGACCCGGUGUAUAAAUACCUGGAGAGCUUUUUGACAUGUGCACGUGUUAGAGAGUUCAACAGCAAGCCUCCUCCACCAGUUACCAUAGAGCCAAAGAUCCUAGAUACUGUCGCAGUAAAUGCUGUAACGAAACAGAAUACGACCACGGACAACGUACCAAAACAGGCCCACAGAACUAUGACUGCUCCUAAAAAUCCAGCAGAGACCAGUCGUGUCAGUGCCAGUGAAACAGAAGCAAGAAAGCAAAUACAGAUCCAGUCAGAUUGUCGGUGGGACAAGGACCACAAAAUGAUCCUGAAAGCUUUGUGUCAGCGCAUGAGUCAGAACAGACUGUCGGAACCUUUCCAAAUUGGACCGUACCAUAUCCACCCCGUUUCCAAGAUCUUCAUACGGAAGCCCAGUGGCUCCAUUGUCAUAUACAGGAUACGUAUAAGUAAACCAUCAAAAACCAGUCGUGAUGAGUUUGAAGACAGCGAUGAGGAAAGGCUUGAUUUAAAGGAGGAAGACGGCCAAAGUGAGGAGUCAGACAUGCAGGUUGGAGUCUUACCUUUCCGAGGUGGAGUUUUACCUGCAGGAAUACUGAGAGCCAGGACCAAAGCUCUUGGCCUCCAAGCAAGUGAUCUUGUGCAGGUAAAUGGAAAACCCUACUCUCAGGCCAGACUGUUGCUGGGAGGCAUGGGAUCUCUGCAUCCAGCGAACCGCAUCGCAGCGUAUCUCACAGGACGAUUGCACGCUCCCGCUGACGUACGCCACAGAGACUCUAAGAAGCUACACUAUACACAAAAACCUAACACUCCUGCUAUCCCACACGUCAAAGUCGCUGGCACAUCAAUCCUGCCAAAUAUCACUGCAAAGAAAACCCCUGACCUGAAGACACUAAUGCAACCACCACAAGCUCAUUUCCACCUCAACUCUUGGAGAAAAGGCCCCAUCGGUUUGUCAAAGUGUUCACAAAGCACCUCCAGUGUUAACCCCGUCCAGCCGUCCACCUUGAGCCAAUGCAGCGCGGCCAAGCCUCUCCAGAACAGCUCCACUUCCUCGCCUGUCCUUCUCACCGUCUCCCCCUCACUGAAGACCCCCAGCUUCCUUGGACAGAAUGGGACUUAUUCAUUCAGGAUCUGCCCUCCAGCCAACAAGAGCACCACAGGCCAGAACCCACCAGGACUUGUAUUGCCCGGGGGCUUCACCCUCCUUAAACUCCCAAAGCCUGAAACUAAUGAAGCUGCACGGCCGUCAGAAACUGGAAACACUAGAAACUCUGCUGCUUUGUUUAAUGUUGAGCAGGUAAAGUUGGCUUUAGAUACAAACUGGCUUGGUCUGGACUCUCUUCUUGGAGAUGAUGAUGUGCGGAGUACUGAACCAGAGGAGCCUUGCCCCUCGCCUACGAAGACGAGCGAUGAGAAGAAACCUUCAGUUGAGGCUGAUGAAGCCGACAUUAGACAGAUGGACACACACCUGGGUAGUUCUUCAGAAGGUGAAAGCUCAGACUCUGACUACUGUGGAGAGGGUGAUGAAGAUGAUGAGCUGGUGGACAUUGAAACAGUAGAGCACAGAGGGGAAGAAGCGGCUGUCGGAACAACAGACAAAACCAAUUCAGGGUUCUUCUCUACCUUCAGAAAUGCCGGCGAUCAAGACUCAGCAAUGGAUCUCACCAUCCAGGCGGACGACAUAGAUCGUCAAAGGCAGCACUCGCUGGUAGAAAGGCAGAGACGCUCGGACAUGCGGAACCGCUUUGACAAACUCCAGGUUCUCCUUAAAUGUGACCUCAAGGCCAACAGGCUCCAUAUCCUCGCAAUGACUUUGAGGGAAAUCCAGAACCUGGGUCAGACCUCCAAAUUUCUGGAGGAGCAGAAAAACAAGCUGACGCGUGUAAACUCGGUCUAUAUUAACCAGCUUUCACAUUUGUCUGGCAAGUCCGAAACAGUCAUUUCACAAAAGCUGAACGCAAUCUGUGAAAAACAGAAAGUGAGAGAGAAGACGAUGAAAUGGAGUCCGUUCUUCUCUAAACUUCUCCAGUCCAGAGCUGCUCUCCUACAGAGCUCCACGCCGGAGUCCGAGAGCCAAGACAUGUACCAGUCACAGUCUAACCUAUUCAAGCCUCCAUAUCAGCCAAACUCAUUCACAGCUGCAGCCAAAGAGAGACUACGGCAGAUGAUGAUCCAGCUUCGGGCUAACCCACAAACUUCCCAAACGACUGCAGACAAACCCAAACCCGCACCACCGAUCCAUCCUCAGGCAGCUUCCUUUAAAACCCCAGCUGAGGUCACUGCUGCCCCAUUGGAGGUAGUGAAUCAGCCCCCUGGAGCUCCAGUGAAUUGCACAAUACCCAGUCCGCAGACUCCGGUUACAUCAGGCACAGUUACAAUUCCAGUCACCCUAACCCUGAACGCAGACUCACAGAUAUCUCCCUCCCUAACUCCCUCUGGUCACAAUGCCCCACAACUUUCUCUUCCUCUAAUUCGCUCCAAGACGGGUAGAAUCAUACUUCCUUCAUUUCUGAAUCCAGCUUCUAAAACUGUCUAUUCGUUUACCUUUGUGCGGAGCAACCAGGCGGAUGGUGAUGGAGAAUCGAGCACUUCAGCAAAUACACAUCCCUCUGAUGUGGACUCGAAUCCCUCUGGCUCACAAAGCAGCCAGGAGAACCAGGAAAAUCCUAUUGGCUCAGAAAGCAACCAGGAGAACCAGGAGAAACCUUCCAGCUCAGAAAGCAGCCAGGAGAACCAGGAGAACCAGGAGAAACCUUCCAGCUCAGAAAGCAACCAGGAGAACCAGGAGAACCAGGAAAAACCUCCCAGCUCAGAAAGCAACCAGGAGAACCAGGAGAAACCUUCCAGCUCAGAAAGCAUUUUAAAGGAGGACACAAUUCCAUCUUUAAAGUCUGAACUAAAGUGUAAACAAAGUCCCCUGCCUGCGCUUGACAAUUCCAUCCAUGUACCUUUGAAAGCCGAGCAAGUCCUUGACAGCAGCCAGGAGCGGAGCACAGUGCAGGGUUUGAGUUUUAAACCCAUGCGUCCUGUUUAUGUGUCAGUAAAUGCUGUUCGCUGUGACACAGGUGGCUCUCUGAACAACCGUGUCGUUCCUGCUGUGUCGGAAAAGACCACACAACAUUCCAGUGAAGAAACUGUGAGAGCUGCGGACGCGCCAGCGCCAGGAAGAGGCAGCGACGUGUCGGAUUGCCCCGUCCCAGUGAAACGAGGCAGAGGAAGGCCGAAGAAGCUAAAACCUCCAGAGAGUCCCAGUUCAUCUCGAUCCAAAGACGACGUCCCCGUCAGACUUCCUGUCCAUAUUGAAACCCGCAUAAUGAGUUCACAGGCGAACACGUCACGGCCGCUAACGCGCGGUGCUUUAGGAAAAGACUUCCCCAGCGCCAAGAAACGCUCCUGGAUAGAUGUAGAAAAGGAGCUGGAGCAUGAGGGUGAUAUUUGAAUAGUUCCCGUAACACGCACAUAACACUUCCUGUACUGCUGCAAAAAGAGAACGCACAUAAUUUAACCCCAGUCGCACACUGAAAUGUCACACCUCUGCAGCUGCAGCUCACCUUCCAUCAUACACUCACCCUCUAUUCUGUCCUGUGUAUGAUGGUACUUGGGUCAUUGAAUGCCUCACCCACCGUAUGUGCCUGUGUAUAAGUCCAAAGGACUGAAGAACACGUUAGACAACUCAGUGAACACCUUUCAUGCUGAAGAAAUUGAAUGUUUUGGGAUUUCUAAAAAAAAAAAAAAAGAGAGAGCAUGAAGUGACCUGCUGAAUGUAAGAAUGAAAUGUAUAAUUUCAGGUUGUUACUAAGUUCAGGCUUUCCUAUAAAUGUCACACAUUCAUGUUUCUAAUGAGGAUAAUACCUUUUUACUCACUUUUGUUGGGAGACAAUUAUGGAUCUGUUGUAUGCAAAUAAAAAUGACUAAGUACAGAUACUGGUGUUUUGAAUGGGAUCGGAUUAUACUCCAUCACUCAUUAACACUUUUUUUUUUACUUUUGUAUUGUGUAAUGAAGUUCUUUACUAACUCAGUGAAAAUCCUCUGUAGGAGCACUUUAUGUUUUGUUUCUUUUAGAUUUAGUUUCUGCUUUGUAUUAUAACAUAAAUGAUCUGUAUUUUGGGGAGUCAGAGGCAAUUACGAUUAAAACUAUUUGCGAUGGAUUAAAAAAUAACCUGUAAAUAUUUAAUUUCUUUUUUUUUUAUUGCAAUAUAUUUUUGUGGAGUGCUGAUAAUGUGAAAAAUCAUGUGGCCUUUUGGAAUAAAUAAAACCUAAAUGCAUUUGUCA